AUGAUCUCUUUGGAAGAUGUGAAGAAGUUGAUCGCGAAACGGGACGAUAUCGAUAAACAGAUUGCUGAAUAUGAUCAAAUCCUCAAAGAGAAUGGUGUUGACUUGCAUUCGCCAUUAGUUGAUGCAGAGGGAUAUCCGUUGCCGAACAUAGACCUAUAUUCGGUGCGAAGUGCACGCCAAUCGAUCAUAUGCGCUUCUAAUGAUCGUAAACAACUAACAGUUGAAAUUGAAGAUAUGAUGCUUCAAUUACACGCUAUGGCCAAACAAAAUUCAUCGUCAUCAUCCAAUCAGAAUUCACUUCAAAAUGAUGACCAAUCAAAUGAAAUCGUUAAACGAACAUCAAAUCGUGUGUUUGCUAAAAUUGAUACCGUUGCGCCUUCAUCACCGGCACAUGAGGCUGGUCUGAAGAACGGUGAUCCCAUUGUGCAGUUUGGUUCUUUACACGCUGAAAACUUCUCUGAUAUAAAUCAGUUAGCUGGAAUUGUACAAAAUUCUGUCGGAAAAAAGAUUCGUAUAACGGUGAUACGAGAAGGCCAUGCUGAACGCUUGGAAUUAGUGCCAAGGCAGUGGUCGGGUCGAGGUGUUCUUGGAUGUUCUGUUGUUCCGAUUAGUUCUGCAGAAUUUAUUUGACAUUAUAUAAUCAUUUAUUGCGGAAAUCGUUCUUCUAAUGUCAAUCGGAAUGUCUGUAAUUUUAAAAUGAAAUGUUAAAAUUUUAAUGAAAUGUCUGUAAAAAAUUCAUUUGAUUCAUUGUUACACUGAAUAAAUUCAACGUGAAAGAUUUGUGAUAAUUCGCUGAAUGUUUGAACAAAUUUAUUUGUUCGUUUCAUUGCUUUAUCAUCAUUCCUGUAAGUUCGUUGUUCCAUUGUAAUUGUGAUACUGAAAUAAAG